CAAGCUGCAGAAAACGACCAGUGCUCCUAAGUAGACCCAUCCUAUCCUGAGGGUUGCACAGGAUAAAUGCCUGCUCGUGUUUGCCUUCAUAGACCACCCCUGCUCCUCAAAAAGGCUUGGAGAUUGUGAUAAGAGCUAGGCUGAGGCUCCAGUAAAGCAAAUGUACAGUACAUUGUUAUUUUUAGGGCCUGGGGGAACAAGUACCGCCCUUCCCUGGCUUUACCAUCCAUUCGUUCUUGACUUCUUGUUCUGUUUUGGCAAUAUUUACAGCAGUAUUGUAUGAUUUUAGAUUUAUCAAGCUGUGCAGGGAGAUGUGGGGAAGGGUAUGAUAGGAAGCAGGCCUGCCAGUGUGAUAAAAACUGCCUUGCCUACGCGGAGUGCUGCCCAGAUUACAACCAAGUCUGCACUGCAGAAUUGUCGUGUAAAGGGCGUUGCACUGACAAGUUUGUAAGAGGGAGACCUUGUGACUGUGAUCCAGAUUGUGAUAAGUUUGGCAAGUGCUGUCAAGACUUUCGAGAGGCAUGUCCAGUAGCUACAACUAAGCCACCGACAACCACCACCACGACUAAGGCUCCACAGAAAACCACAACUACUACUCUUAUUACGACCACCAGCAGAAUCAAACCACCAACCUCAACACCCAAACCCAAAUCAACAACGAAACGUUCACCUAAACUGAAACCGAAACCCAAGGCCAAACCCAAGCUUAAGGCCAAGCCCAAGGUCAAACCCAAACCCAAGAGUAUAAAGAAAAAGAAACAAAAGAAAGUGUCUCAUGAAAUCAUGGAAGAACACUCUGAGCAGUCAUCCUCAUCCUCUGCCUCCACCACCAAAAUUCGGAGAACUAUGGCUUCCAUAAGAAAGGCUGGGGAAAAGCGCAAGAAGAAAAAUGGUAAAAAACCUAAAGAACUGGAAGAAGAGAAGGAGGAGGAGGAAGAGGAGGAGGAGGAAGAGGAAGAGGAGGAAGAGGAAGAGGAGAAAAGGAGAGCUCGUGAAUCAAGGUCAAAAUUAAAAUCUUCAAAAUCCAAAGCAGUGAGAGUGGUUUCAGAAGAGGAUGGCAGUGGGGUAGAGAAUGCAGUAACAACUUUAGGUACUACAACUGCUACACUUACGACCACAUCAAGGCAGUCUCCCACCAGCACCACAACCAAGGUAUCAGUGAGUACUACAGCCGCCACCACCACAACUAAGGUACCGGUGACUCCUACAACCACCACCACAACCAAGGUGCCAGAAACUCCUACAACCACCACCACAACCAAGGUGCCAGAAACUUCUACAACCACCACCACAACCAAGGUGCCAGAAACUCCUACAACCACCACCACAACCAAGGUACCAGUGACUACUACAGCCAUAAGCACAACCAAGUUGCUGGAGACUACUACAACUGCAACCACAACCAAGCUACCAUCUACGACAACAAAACAGCCUGACACAGAGCAUACAACCCAAGGAGACAAAGGUAUUGCAGCAACUCCUGAAAAUCAUGUUAGCCAAACCCCUUCUCCCCAACCCGAGAAAGUCACCACAUUCUUCAGAAUUACUACCACAAAACCAUUAAGGUUGCCAACUAGCACUACUUUUAAUACCAAUAAGGGACUGCCAUUGUCCACUGAGACUAGUAUUAGUACAAAUAAGGAAAUGAGCACUGCUGCACUGAAAACCACAGUCGCUCCAGCUAAAGACACAACAAUCAUAUCCAAAAGAGAGAUGACUAUGGUAGAAACACCAAGGGCCAAUAGUGACACAACAAAUGCACAUAGCUGGAUUGUAACAGAAGAAAAGAGUGAAACAACAAAUGAAACUUACCAAAGAGAUACAACUGUAGCUGAAAAACAAUCUAUAGUAAUAGAUAUUAAAGAAACAACAAUAAAUGCAGACGCAGAAACUACUGCGACUGCGGACAGUACAUCUGCAAAGAGUCCAACAACCAAUAAAUCCGAAGAAAGCAACACUAUCACUGGUAUUGCAGAAACUAAAGACACAACGGCAGACAAAGCAGACACUUCUACUGCAAUUGGAGAGACUGUAAUGACAGAAAAAACUAUAAGAACUGUGGGCAGCGAAACCAUAGAAAAUAAAGGACCCAUCCCAAAUGUUCAGUCUCCCAAACCAGACAGCCCUCAAAACCAACAAACAACCCCUGUAACUCUGUUCACAGACACACUUCACCCUGAAGCAGAUUAUAAACAUGUCAGAACAGAAAGGAGUACUACAGUUACCGAAACAAUAAAAACACAGACUGAACCGCCAAGUGACAUUGGCAGUUCUGACCGUGAUGAUAAAAAUAACAAACCAGAAAGAGCUACAACACUCACAGACACAACUGUAACACAGAAGAACCCUGCAAAUUAUCCCCCCACCAGUGGAGUUGAUGAUACAGUUGCCAGACCAGAAGGAACAAGUUCCACCACACCACUACAGAGGGAUUCGACCAGUGAAACAUCUAGUUCUGCUAAAACUGAGAAACCAGCAGAGAUCACUCCAGUGGCAGAUACACAAAUGACACAACCUGAUCUCUCAAGUGACACAACAAGUCUGAGUUCUGAUGAAAGGAAACUAGAAAAGGAUGCUACAUCUACAGAGACAACAAUGGUAGAGACUGAAUUAGGGACUACAACCAACCCAGAUGGAGUUGGUAAAAAUGGCAGACCAGAUGUGAUUACUGAAGUUGCUGAGACAUCAGUAACACAAACUGAUACAAGUGGCAUUCCCAAUUCCAGUCAUGUUGAUACCUAUGACAAACCAGACGGGGCUGUUACAAGUGCUGGCACACCAAUAAUGCAGACCAGUCCAGGUGAUCAAGCCAGUCCCAGUGGGGUUGAUAAACAGGACAACCUGGAGAAGACAACUCCAGGCACUGAGGGAAUAACACCACAAACUGGUCCAGGAGAUGCAACCACUCUUGAUAGUUUUGAUGAAAGCAACAACCCAGACAGGACUACUCCAGUUACACAGACAACACAGGUUGACUCAGGUGAUACCUCCAGUCUUGGCGGUGUUGAUAAAAAUGACAAACCAGAACAGACUACUACAGUAACUGGAACAACAAUUACACAAACCAACCCAGGUGAUUCGACCACUCCCAAUGGUGUCAAUGGAAGUAAAAACCCAAAGGAGACUAUUCCAAUUACUGAGAAAACAACCACCAAUCCCAAUACAUCAGUAGGGACAAGUGAAAUUAUUGACACAACAAAACCUCAGAUCAAUCCAGGUGACACAACUAGUCUCAGUGGCACUGAUAAACAAGACAACCCAGAUAGAACUAUUCCAGUAACUGAGACAACAACACAGACUGAUCCACAAGUUACAACCACUUCUGGUGGUGUUGAUAUGAGCAGCAAACCAGACAGGACUGUGCCAAUUACUGACGCAAACAAUCCUGCUGCCAUUGACAAAAGUGAUGAAAUAGAAGGAACUACUACAGUCACUGAGACAUCAACAACACAGACUGGUCCAGGUGAUGCAACCAGUCCUAAUGUUAUUGAUGAAAGAGACAAACCAAAAGAGACAACUACUGUCACUGAGACUACAACAACGGUGACUGAUCCAGGUGAUACGACCAAUCCUGAUGAAACUGACAAACUAAAAGAAACGACUACUGUCACUGAGACUACAACAACGGUGACUGAUCCAGGUUAUACGAGCAAUCUUGAUGAAACUGACAAACCAAAAGAAACGACUACUGUCACGGAGACUACAACAACGGUGACUGAUCCAGGUGAUACGACCAAUCCUGAUGAAACUGAUAAACCAAAAGACACAACUACUGUCACUGAGACUACAACAACAGUGACUGAUCCAGGUGAUACGACCAAUCCUGAUGAAACUGACAAACCAAAACACAUAACUACUGUCACUGAGACUACAACAACGGUGACUGAUCCAGGUUAUACGAGCAAUCUUGAUGAAACUGACAAACCAAAAGAAACAACUACUGUCACUGAGACUACAACAACGGUGACUGAUCCAGGUGAUAUGACCAAUCCUGAUGAAACUGACAAACCAAAAGACACAACUACUGUCACUGAGACUACAACAACGGUGACUGAUCCAGGUGAUAUGACCAAUCCUGAUGAAACUGACAAACCAAAAGACACAACUACUGUCAUUGAGACUACAACAAUGGUGACUGAUCCAGAUGAUACGACCAAUCCUGAUGAAACUGACAAACCAAAAGAAACAAUUACUGUCACUGAGACUACAACAGUGGUGACAGAUCCAGGUGAUACGACUAAUCCUGAUGAAAGUGACAAACCAACAGAGACAACUACUGUCACUGAGACUACAACAACAAUGACAGAUCCAGGUGAUACGACCAAUCCUGAUGAAACUGACAAACCAAAAGAAACAACUACUGUCACUGAGAUUACAACAGUGGUGACAGAUCCAGAUGAUACGACUAAUCCUGAUGAAAAUGACAAACCAAAAGAGACAACUACUGUCACUGAGACUACAGCAACAAUGACAGAUCCAGGUGAUACAACCAAUCCUGAUGAAAGUGACAAACCAAAAGAGACAAUUACUGUCACUGAGAUUACAGUAACAGAGCCUGUUGUGGAUGAUGUAACUAGUUCCAAUGGCAUUGAUAAAGGUGACAAACCAGACCAAACUAUUACAACCACAGAGACAACACCAAUACAAAUUGAUCCAAGAGGAGUCACACCCAGUCCUCGUGAUGAUGAUACAAAUGGUAAGACAGAACAGACAACUACAGUCACAGAAACCAUAAUAACAGAGACUGAACCCAUGCGUGAUUCACCUACUCCUGAUAAUGAUAAAAAUAAUAAAUCAGAAGAGACUGUUAAAGUUACAGAAACAACAACAACACAGACUGAUCCAAAUGGUAUGACACCCAGUCCUUUUGGUGAGGGUAGCAAAGAGAGGUCAGAAGUUAUCACAACAAUUACAGAGACAAUAAUAACAGAGACUUACCCCCAAAGUACAACACCCAGCCCCAGUGUUGAUGACAGACCUGAUUCCCCUGCUCCUGAUGAUGAUAAAAAUAGUGAACCAGAAAAGACUACUACAAUCAUAGAGACAACCACAUCACAGACUGAUCCAGCUAGUGGCACUCCUAGGCCAGAGGUGAUGACAACAGUCACAGAGACAGUAACAACAGAGACUAAUCCAAAAGGUGAUGAACACAGCCCUGGGGUUGAUGACAAAAAUGGGAUGCCAGAAGUGACCACGGUCACAGAGACAGUUAUAACAGAGGUUGGUUCUGUUGGUCCUGACAAGAACGUUCCUUCAGAAAAUAACCCAGAGAUCCCAGCAAAAACAACACCUCAGCCUGAGCCAGCAAGUGAUGAGCCAAAUCCCAGCGAUGAUGGCAAUGGUGACAAGCCAAAUGAAACUACAAAAGUCAUAGAGACAACAACGAUAAUCACACAGCCUAGCUCACCAAACGAUUAUACACCAAGUCCUGACCAAAGUGACAAAGUCACCCAGACAACCACGACCAUUACAACAGAAUCUAAACCACUAAGUGAUUCUCCUAAUCCUGAUGAAAGUGGUAGUGUCACUACAGUCACAAAAACAACUCAAACUACCACAACAGAAUCAAAUCCUAACCCAAGUGACAAUAAUGAAAAUCCCAAGUCAGAAGUCAUCACUAAAAUUACACGGAUAAUAACUACUACAACUACUACAACCACCAUCCAAUCCAAUACAACUGAAUAUCCAGAAACAACCACACGUGAUGUUACAACUAAUACAAAAAUUGAUCUUGUUUCAGAUAGAGAACCCACCAAGGAAAGUCCAACUAACAAGAAUACAAAUACUACAGUAACACAGGUGACUACAACUUCUUCAAUAUCAUCAACAUCUCCCAGCAACCCACCUUCUAUAGGAGACAAGACUACACAGCAUACAACUACUUCACCAAUCACACGUGUACCAACAAAAAGAAGGCAAGUGGUGACCUAUUACCCCACUACAACAUAUUCUACAAUUUCCACAACUAGACUUCCAGAGAAGAUUACCAACAAAACCACAGAGUAUGUUCAACCAGAAAACAUUGUUACAUCUCUAUUGUAUAAAGGUCAUUACUACUGGCUCCUGAAUGGAACACACUCACCCUCACCUUGCCCUCGUAAGAUUGUCGAGGUGUGGGGUAUCCCCUCCCCUAUUGACACCGUCUUUUCUCGCUGCAACUGUGAUGGUAAAACCUUUUUUUUCAAGGAUUCUCAGUACUGGCGCUUUACUGAUGAUAUAAUGGAUCCUGGCUAUCCCAAACUAAUUGUAAAAGGAUUUGGGGGAUUAAAUGGGAAAAUCACGGGAGCUCUCUCUGUGGCUAGGCACAGGAACAGGCCAGAAUCUGUGUACUUCUUCAAAAAAGGUGGUAAUCUCCAGCAAUAUACUUACAAACAAGAAGGACCAAAGAAAUGUAGGAAGAAGGUUGUAACUGUGAAAUAUCCAGCUUAUAAACCAAAAGCUAUCAUCAGGAGGAAAAGGAGGCGUUUUGAGCGUGCCGUAAGACCUCAUCAGGUUUUCCGCAGUGUCAGAGUCCAACGUUACCCAGUAAUUCAGAUCAGACAUCAGCCAAUAGGUGUACUGCAGCCGGAGGUCAAAGUCUCAUCAUACUGGAGAGGAUUUCCAAAGGAAGUUAAUUCUGUUAUCUCUAUUCCUAAUAAUGAGAAAUCAGACGGCUAUGAUUACUAUGCUUUUUCUAAGGAUCAAUAUUACAGUGUGGACGUGGGCAGCAGAAUCGCAAGACCAGUCACUCUGCAGACUGGGCAGACUGUUUCCGGCGCUUGGUACAAGUGUCCUUCAGAGUGAUGAGAAAAUUCAAGUGGUUGAA